AGCAGCAGUUUUGGCUCGCUUUGGUGGAUGAAAUGAACUCAACGUUCACAGCAAAUGUACCAUUUCAAUACGAUGAAGUUACGCACAAGUGGUGCAACAUCAAGUCAUAUUUCAGUUCAGAGAAGCAGAGGAUGGACAAGGCAAAGAGAAGCGGUGCCCGCGGAGACGAAAACGUACAGACCAGCUGGAAGUUCUAUGAAGCUUUGAAAUUCCUACAACAUGUGAAUGAGCAUACACCAUCAGUGAAUAAUUUUAAUAAGUGGAGUUUGCAGAACCUGGACCCUGAUCCCAAUCCAUCGCGUAAGCUUGGGGAGCAACUGCAGCCUGCAGAAUGUUUCGAUCCAGGCUUUGACUCAGAGUCAUCCUUUUCACUCAUCGAAGACAACACAGAGUUCAUUACAAUUACCCCUCUUGCAAUUACAAGUAACAGCAGUAUCCAGUCGCUCCAAGAUACUAAAAACAUCUCUACAGAAGACACUAAUAGUGAUGCAACACCAAUUAAAAUCAUAUCGGAUGAGAUUGUAACUCCACCUCUGGUUACUUCGCAAAACUGUGGUCGGUUUGAUGACAAUAACAACAAUAGCACUAGAAAGUUGGUCCAUGCAACAAGAAAACGAAGAACAAAAAUUAAUAAUGAUUUGGAUGAAAACGCCUCUGCUUUAAUCGAAGCAUCACAAAAUUUAACAAAUGCCUUUCAUGUUGCAUCAAAAACAAAUAACACUGACGAAAAGGCAACAGUUUUGGGAUAUACAUGGGUGAAGAAAUUGUAAAACUGGACCCCGACUUGCAACUCAAAGCGAAGAAACAAAUGCAUGACAUUUUGAUGGAUCUGCAAAGUGAGCAAUUGAAACGGGGGCUUAUGUAACACAAUGACUAUUUAUAUGUAUGUAUGUACACUCAUAGACAAAAAUAGGAGUGUCCCUUUUUGUCAUGUUUUGACCAUUUUCCGUAGGUAUUGAAUUUUAAUAACUUAUUUAUAAAACUUUAGUUAACUCUACAACCAAACACAUAUCACUAGAAGCUUUAAACUUUAAACAAAAUUCAAGAAAGUGCAUAAAAUUACAUAACAAUUUCGAACUUCCUUUUAAG